GCAUGCGCAUUUCGUAGUUCCUGUCAUUCGUGUUUGAGUUUUUUGGGCGAGGAAGAAAAGAUAUGUUCUCUUGGAUAGGCAACAACGACAAGCGUCGAAAUGAAGCAGACGUGUUUGAGAACGUUACGGCGGGUUUAAAGAAAUGUUAUCAAACAAAAUUAAAACCGCUUGAAACGGCUUAUAAAUUUCAUGACUUUCAUUCACCGGCUCUAGAAGAUGCAGAUUUCGACGCCAAACCAAUGAUCCUUCUAAUUGGACAAUAUUCUACCGGCAAGACAACAUUCAUAAGAUACCUUAUCGAACAAGAUUUCCCUGGGAUGAGGAUCGGACCAGAGCCGACAACCGACAGAUUUAUUGUUGUGAUGAACGGUGAUCAAGAAUCUGUUAUACCGGGUAACGCCCUCGUAAUGGAUCCUAAAAAACAAUUUAGGCAACUGUCAAGAUACGGCAAUAAUUUCCUGAAUAGGUUACAAUGCUCGCAAAUGAGAAAUAAAGUCCUGGACAGUAUUACAAUAGUAGAUACUCCUGGGAUAUUAAGUGGAGAAAAGCAAAGGGUCGAUCGUGGUUACGAUUUUGGUGGUGUUAUAGAGUGGUUAGCUGAACGUGUCGAUAGGAUAAUUCUUUUGUUUGACGCCCAUAAGUUGGAUAUCUCUGAUGAGUUUAGACGAGUGAUUGAGGCUAUGAAAGGAUACGAUGAAAAAAUUAGGAUUGUACUCAACAAAUCAGAUAUGAUUGAUAGUCAACAAUUAAUGAGAGUAUAUGGAGCAUUAAUGUGGUCACUCGGUAAAGUUCUAAACACACCGGAAGUUGCUAGAGUUUACAUUGGAUCAUUUUGGUCUAAGCCUUUACAUUUUGAUACAAAUCGCCGUCUUUUCGAAUUGGAAUCGCAGGAUUUAUUCAACGAUAUUCAAUCACUGCCAAGAAACGCUGCACUACGUAAGCUCAAUGAUCUGAUAAAACGAGCCAGAUUAGCGAAGGUCCAUGCUUACGUAAUAGCUCACUUGAAAAAAGAGAUGCCGUCGAUGUUUGGAAAAGAUUCAAAGAAAAAGGAACUUAUCAAGAACUUACCACAGAUUUUUGACACGAUUCAACGAGAGCAGAAUAUAUCACCUGGUGAUUUUCCAAGCGUAAAGAGAUUUCAAGAACGUCUUGAGCAUCUUGAUUUCACAAAAUUCAAUACUUUAAAGCCUAAACUUUUGGAAGCAGUGGACGAUAUGUUACGCCUGGACAUUGCAGCCCUUAUGAAAAGAAUACCACAAGAAGAAAAAGAAAACUUUUCGGAAGGUCCAGCAGUCAGAGGAGGGGCUUUCGAUACCACAGAAGCAUCACCCUUUGAUACAGGAUAUGGCGAAGGUAUCGAUAAGGGACGAGAUACAGGAAGAUGGAUAGUAGAAGAUAAAAAGGCUGAAUACAUGGACAUUUUCCAUCAGCUAGGCCCAGUUGAUGGCAAAAUCACUGGAGCACUUGCAAAACAAGAAAUGGUCAAGUCUCGCCUUCCGAAUAGCGUUCUAGGAAAAAUUUGGAAAUUGUCAGAUAUAGAUCAAGAUGGAAUGUUGGAUGAAGACGAGUUUGCUUUAGCAGAACAUUUAAUAAAUGUAACUUUAGAUGGGCAUGAGCUACCGUCUACUCUUCCAGAUCAUCUUUGUCCACCAAGUGGUGAGAUGAUCUAUAUUUUAGACCAACGACUGAAAGCACAGAGCAUCCCUUCUGAUAAAGCUAAAAAAGUUUUAUAUGAUAUUGUUGGAACAUUGUUUAACAAACGUUUCAUUGAGGAGAUGUUCAAACCUCAAGAAAUUUACAACAGAAAAGCUAUUAGAACUGUCUUUGACCGUUUAGCUCACGCGUCCAUUAUGCGGUUGAAUUCAGCUUCUAUGGAUAAAUUAUACGAUCUGAUGACAAUGGCUGUAAAGUAUCAAGUCAGUUUGAGCAUGAGAGCUUCUGACAUUCUUCUUGUUACAUUGAAUCACGUAGAUUCUAUAGUUAAGUUGGUGGCAGAUAAUGCGAUGGUUAAGGCGCAAGUAGAGCAUAUGUACGUUUUAUUGGCUACACACUACGCUAAUAUGAACGCAGGCCAAUUUUUACUUAUCCGUCAAACGCUCCUAACCUUCUUUCAAGAUGUGCACAUCCGUGUAUCUAUUUUCUUGAAAGAAAAAGCUCAAAAUCAAAACGGUCGUUUUCUACUGCCUACAGGAGGACCCUUGCCAUUUGGAACAGCUGUUCCUGGAACAAUUAAAAUAUUCGAUGGUAAGGGAAAAGUAGCAAGAACCUCAAACUUUAAAACCGAAUUUGACUAUAUUCAAUCAACAAAGACUGGUUCUAUUGAUGUAAAAGGAGAUCGUUGCAUCAAGCUAGGGCUCAAUAUGUAUUCUCAAACUUCAACAAACUUAGAGUCUGCAGUUCAAACUUCAAGCAAAACUACCAAUCUCUCCUCCUCGGACAUUGAAAAUUUAGCUCCCAAUCCAUUAGCUAAAGCACAAUUGGAUCUUUUGUCGAAAUUAAUAGGUUCUUCGAGUCAAACUAAAAAGAGUAGCGCCUUCAAGUUGAAUUUUUUCGACACGGAAAGAGAAGAAGAACAAGCUGCCGCCAUUCGUAUGUCCACCAACGAUUCAACUGUAGUUAACUUUGAUCAGUCGAAGAGAGGAAGAGCCAAGGAACUUGAUAAGAUAAUGGGUGAAAUGAGCAUAUCCGAUAGUGCAUCAGGCGGGGAUAGUUACGACUUACUUGAUUUAAUGGACAAAGGGUCCUAA